AUGAACCUUGACGGCGCCAGCGACAGUAAGCCGACAGUCGAACUCGAUCAUAAACAUACCGCCAUCCGCAAACCAGAACACAAACCUACAAAGCUGCGGCGGUUCAUGUCUAUUGGCUCAAGAGGGAGUAAAGUGCCCAGCAAGCCUGAUAUAAACACCAAGCCCGGCAACACGCCACCACUGCAGACCCUCUCGCCCCGGCCGACAGAGCAUGAGCCACAGGCCAAGAAGCAGACCAAACGCUCUAUCUCCACUUUCCUCUUGUCCAAGAACUCGUCCGCCAACGAACCCGAACCGGCGAACGACAGAGAUCAUUUCACCACCGCACAAGAUUAUCUGCCUGUCACCGAGACCUCCCUUUCGUCAUCUCCGCCGGCUACUAAAGGGGGUGAAGGCAGUCUAGAGGGUCAAAGACAUCUGCCCGUCACCGGUAACCCGUAUCAGUCAGUCGAGAUGCAGCCCAGGAAGGACUCAGCAACGAAGUCGUUCUGCGACAUGCCUGCUGCGGCGAGUCGGACUGCUGCGCUCACGAGCCACCCGGUGGGAAAGGAGGAUCUUGAAAGUGAAGAGGAGUUCCAGACGCCACCGGAGUUCUAG